UGCUGCCUCUGACUGAAAGCACGGAGCGCCUCCACGAGCUUCCCCACUAACUGCUCACCACGCUCCCGGUGAACACGGCUAACGUUCCCGUCGAUCAAACUCCGGAUCCCGCCUCGCUCCCCGCCUGUGGGCCGGUGCCGAGUACCUGGAAAAUGAAAUCGGCAUCUCCAUAAAUUCUGUUGGCAGAAAGAAGCAAGAUUUAAUGUGUGCACCAUGUCAUCUAAAAGUCAUCCUCCCCUCAUGAAGAAGCACAGUCAGACGGACCUGAUCAGCCGUCUAAAGAGCCGGAAGAUCCUCGGGGUUGGUGGCGAGGACGAUGACGGGGAGGUGCACCGCUCCAAGAUUAGUCAGAUGCUCGGAAACGAGUUGAAGUUUGCAAUGCGAGAGCCGAUCGGGUUGAGGGUUUGGAUUCUCAUCUCUGCUGUGGGUUUCACACUAAUGGCCAUAACGGCUCUGGUGUUUCCCAACCAACUCUACGAGCUUGUUUUCGAGGAGGAGCUUUCCACAACUAGCAUCUCUGUUCGCCUUUAUGGAGCAGCGCUGCUCAGCCUCGCCCUCAUUAUGUGGAACUGUCUCUACACAGCAGAAAAGGUCAUCAUCCAGUGGACUCUGCUCAGUGAAGCCUGCUACUUUGCUGUCCAGUUUCUAGUGACGUGCGUCACCUUGAUGGAGAUGGGCAUCCUGCCCAACGCCGCCAUGCUGCUGCUCCUCAGUCGAGUUCUCUUCUUCGUGGUCACCGUCGCGUACUACUACCACCUGGGCCGCAAGCCCAAGAAGAUCUGAGCCGACUGCGGCGCUUCGGGGAGGGGUGUUUCAGCACAAAUCACAGCUGGGGGCCAGGGGGUAUAAUUGCUUUGUAAGUAAAAGGCCUCAUAGCUCCUUCCUGUGGGACCUGGCCUACUACAAACCCCACCAAAGUGAUAUUUAACAGACGAGCAGAGUGUCAUAUCGCCAUCGAUACAACAGGAACAAGAAACCUCAGCGCGACACUGAGCGGCUGGGCUUCACACACAUUCCUCCUCUGCGUAGUUUUGAGUGCCGGACGCUGCAUCUGUGUGAAACUUUAGAGUGUACAGGACAGACGGCUGCGUACCGCUCGUCCGUGUUUCUCUACAGCUGUACGAUGUCCAGGUGAAGUGUUAAGUGUUCUUCCUUUCAUCUACUGUUUCCUUUAUCACGCUCAAGGGUUUGUGCUAUUUGUUGUUUUUUGGACGUGAACUCAUAUUUUAUAUGUGAAAACGCGAACUGCCUUCCUCUGAAUUUGCUAGAAAAGUCAUUAGCCGUCUGCUUCAGAUGAGAUCAAUGCUGGAUUACUGACACACAAAAAAAAACUGAUGGGUUGAGUUUCCAGAAACUCUCUGUUCACCCGUUCAAUCAAGACUAGUAAUCAUUUUACCGUAGAGUCUAAAAAUUGGUGUCUUAGUUUUCAAAUCUCUUAUUUGUCAGGCUUUAAGCUGAGAGUUUUUGAAGCACAACUAAUUGUCAUGUUAUGUGACACUGUGAGGUGAAUCGUCCCAGAGAAACCAUACAGUUGUCUCUGCUGCCUGUGCACUACUAGGAGGAACUUUAACCUGACUGAAAAUCAAACCCUUCAUGUGUCAUUAGCCGCUCAAAUCAAGCAUGUCAUGUGCUUGAUCAAUACAUGAUAACCUGUUAUAAUCUCUUAGUUAUGUAGCAUAGCUUGUUUUUUAUUGCCAUGCACCAUAUCCAUAGUCUUGCCUUAAAACAACUUUAAAGAACAGUCAUCAGUUCUAUGACGUGUAAAUAUGUAAAUAAGUAUUUAAUAUUAAGUGGUGUUCUUGUGAACCAAACAGGGAACUUGUUCAGUAUUAGUCAAUGAUUAUUAAAGGUUAAACCUUC